AAGAGGGCUCGGUGUAUCUGCAAGGCUUUCAGAGCUUCAUCUAACCCAUUAUGGGGGAUAUUAAGCUCUGCAUUUUACUGCUGCUGAUCACUUAUACCUUUGCCCAGCAAGAAGCUGGAGAUGCUGAGGAACAUUCUCCAACAUGUAUUUUGGCAAAAAGAUACAAGAACUUCAGGAGGUACGAAUACCAGUAUGAAGCUGAAACCCAGAAUGGCGUGAUGGGUGCCUCCAACCUCAGGAAUGGCCCCAGAGUUACCUGCAAGGUUGAGAUUGAAGUGCCACAGACAUGCAGCUUUGUGCUGCGCACCAGCGAGUGCUCCCUGAGCGAGGUGGUCGAUGUGGACGCAGAGGGCAUGCCCAUUUAUGGACCUGCUACUGAUGCCCAGGCCUUCCAGACCGCCAUGGAGAAGAACACCUUGAAGGUCACAGUUGAGGGCGAAACUGAUGUCAAGCUCUUCCCUGAGGAAGAUGAGUCCAUUAACAUCCUUAACAUCAAGAGGGGCAUCAUUUCCGCUCUGGUGGUACCUGCCAUAGAGGAGGACAAGAACAAGAAGAUGGCCACCAUUCAUGGAAUCUGCAAGACUGAACUAGAGGUCAAUGACAGGGAGGACAUUGCCACAAAUAUCACCAUCACCAGGGACCUGUCUGGCUGUGAUAGUUUCAACCCCCAGAGGGAUUACACCAGCCCCUUGGCCAUCAUCUCUGGCAUGCAAUACCCUCUGUCCAAACUGAUUGGCAGCACCCAGACCUGCAACUAUCAGUUUGACAACCAGAAGAAACAUAUGACCUCUGGAACCUGUACUGAGAAACACAUUCUCCUGCCUUUCUCUUACCAAAAUGAGCAUGGUAUCUCUUCAUUGGUGAAACAGACCUUGACUCUUCAGGGCAUCAACAAGAUCAAUGACAGAGUGUUUGAAUACAAUGAGAGCAACUUGAAACAUCUGCCCAUGGAGGCUGUUGAGGACAAGGCAGCUGUCCAGACCUCAGAGGCUGUGCUCGCAACUUUCAGGGAACUGAAAGCCCUGUCUGAGACCCAGCAAGGCCACCAAAGAGCCAGCAUGUUCCAGAAGCUUGUUGGUGAGAUCCGUGGGCUGCAGUUGGAGGCUCUCAGUCAAGCCACCAAAGUGAUGGAUGAGGAUGAUCACCUGCUUACUUGGCAAGCCCUGACUCAGUGUGGCACACCUGAGUGCACCAGUGCUAUGCUGCAGAUCCUCAGGAGCUUUGACCCAGAUGCCAUGGAGGUUGAUGUUGCAGUCUAUGCUCUAGGAAUCAUGCACACUCCAUCUCGGCUCCUGGUCAAGGAUUUGCUAGAGAUGGCUAAGUACAAGCAGAGCAAGGCCAUGAUGUACAGUUUAAGCAACGUAGUCAGGAGACUCUACCAGGCUGAAGGCAAGGUUACCCCUGAGAUUGCCAGUGUGAAUGAGUUCAUUGCCUCCAUCCUUGGUGCUGACUGUGCUGGAGAGAAGGAGCAGACUUUCUUGACCCUAAGGGUUCUUGGCAAUAUGGGAGAGGCCAUGGAGGCUGCUGACCCCAAUAUAAAAUCCAUUCUGCUGAAGUGCAUGAGACAGCCCGCCACUACUCUGUCUGUGCAAAUGGCUGCCAUCCAGGCCUUUAGACGCAUAUCAGUGACAGAUGAGGUCCGUUCCAACCUCCAGAGAGUUGCCCAGUAUCCCAAAGGUGCUGUGCAGAAGAGACUGGCUGCUUAUCUCAUUCUUAUGAGGAGUCCUGAGGCAAGUGAUCUUGAACUUGUGAAGAAGAUUCUCACACAGGAGCAGAACGCUCAGGUCAAGGCCUUUGUUGCAUCACAUGUCUACAACAUCAUUCACUCAAAGGACCCUGAGACCCAAGAGUUAGGCAAAACGAUUAAUGAGGUCAUGCAGGAGAAUGAGGUGACCACACACUCUGACUACACUGAGUCCUCUCGCAAUUAUAAGAUGGAUGCUUCCAUGGGAGGAAUGAGCACAGGCAUGCAAGGGAACAUCAUCUUUGAUCCUAGCAGUCUGCUGCCCAGGGAGGUCAUGCUGGAAACAACCCUGAAAGCCUUUGGAUACAAUCUGGACAUGUGGGAGCUUGGCUUGGAAGGCAGAGGAUUUGAACCAACCAUCGAGUCUCUGUUUGGAAAGAAUGGUUUCUUCCCUGACACCAUUUCAAAGGCCAUGUACUGGGUAGGAGACAAGAUGCCAAACAAGAUGAAUGAAGUUUUACAGAAUUGGGUUGAGCCACUUAGGACAGAGAAAACCAAGAGACAGGUCCCUGAGAACAUUGUGAGAGAAAUUGUGCGCAACUUCAACAAACUUGCCAAGGACCUGCGAUCUCAGGAAUCCCCAGAGGCUAUGGCUUAUUUCAGAAUUAUGGGACAUGAGCUUGGGUACAUCAAGAAUAGUGAGCUCACCUCCAUGGCCAACAAGUUUGCCAUGUAUGCUGAGAUCCUCAGCAAAAACAUCCCCACUGAGAUAAUGAAGACACUGAUGUCAGCUGAUAAGAAUAUUUUUGCCCAUUACAUCUUCAUGGACAAUGACUUCUCUCUGCCUACUGCUUCUGGUUUCCCACUAAAGUUUGCACUCUCUGGUACCUUUGCGCCAGGCAUCAAGGGAGGUCUUCACAUGGAACCAAGAAUGCGUGAAGUUAACUUCAAGCCCUCAAUUGGAGUAGAGUUUGUGACCCGCAUGGGUGUUCACAUCCCCAAAUUCAUUGACACUGCAGUGGAGAUGCACACAAACAUGUACCAUGAGAGCACACUCAAUGCUAAGAUUUCCAUGGGUGAUGGCCAGUUCAAACUGACCAUACCUGCACCUCAGGACACUACUCAACUGCUCCGAGUCAGCAACAGAAUGCUGAUGGUGACCUCUGGCCAAGCCACACUGGUGCCCCCUAUGGCUGAGGGCAGGAUAAACUCUGUGAAGUGCAACCCUCUCUUCAGUGGUGUGAAAUACUGUACCACUGCCCGCUAUUCUUUGCCUGGUGCUGGUGCAGAUGCUCCCUAUUUCCCUCUUGCAGGCGAGACCAAAUUUGCUUUGGAUAUCCAGCCCACUGGUGAGGUCACUGAGUAUACUGCCACUUUUGCUUAUGAACUUCUGAAUGAGGGCAAAGAGGGACGCCAGAAGUCUGAUUUACUGAAGAUGGUCCUGAGAGCAGAGGGUCCUGAGCCUGCUGAGGCAGUCACUACCAUUAAAUUCAACAGGAACAGGAAUGUUCUCACCACCUCUGUUGAGAUCCCUGAUUAUGAUGUAGAGGCUGGAAUCAGGGUUGGUCUCGCUGACAGCAGUGCCAAAGGAAAGAAGCUCACCAUUGACAUCACCAACAAGAACAUUGUCCAGCUGUCUCUUAUAGGCCGUGCCAAGCUUGAGGCAAUGAGGGAUGGGCAGCUUCAGGUUCAGUUGAUCGUGCCCUCACUAAAAACUGACGCAUCAAUCACUGCCAUCAUGACACGUGAUGAGGAGCUGACCCUGGGUAUUGAGAGCAACAUCAAGCUUCCUGAAACCUCCUCUGUCCAGAAAGUUGCCAUCAAAUACGCUGAUGAUAAGGUGGAAGUACUGAUGAAGUCUGACGUGGACUCAGAAAUACAGAAGCUCAUUCCAAACACUGAAGGGCUCCAAGCCUGGCUGCAGCAGCUGUUUGAGGAUAUUCUUGACCAGAGGGUUGUCAAGACUGACAUGAAGCUCCGUCACAUUUACUCAAAAUCUGUUGAGGCUGGUCAGAUUUGGCUGGACAGGAUUUCUGCUGAUGUUCCUUAUAUUGAGACACUGAAGAACAACAUGCCAGAGCUGCAUGUGCCAUCACUUCCUGAGAAACUUUACUUAAACAUUGAGAAUGAAUUCAGAUACAAGUUCAACAAGGAUCGCAUCACCAUCACCAUGCCUUUGCCACUGGGUGGAAAGACAUCUGAGGAUCUGAGAAUUCCUCUUACCAUGGACACCCCACAUCUUGUCAUGCCUCAGCUUGGUCUGAUGCUACCCUCUAAACAGGUUCAUCUUCCCACUUUCACCAUCCCAUCCAAUUAUGACUUCACGCUGCCACUUCUUGGAAUGGUGGAGGUAUCUGCAAAGAUGAACAGCAAUUUCUACAACAUGGAGGUCAGCAUUUCUGGUGGCAACAACACUGAGGAGAACCCCAGCUAUGUUGCCACCUAUAAGGUUCUUGCCAACAGCCCUGUAGAAAUCCUGUCCUACACAGCAGAAGGAAAAGCACAAAUCACUGACAUGCCUGAGGAAACCUUGAAAGUCAGUAUUAGCUCCUCCUUGCUGCACAAACUUGUUGAUGCUCGCUUUAGCAUUGAGGAAUCAGCCAUAAUCACAGACGAAGUGAAAGGAAAAGGCAGUUAUAAGAUGGAAGCCUUCAGCCCCUUAGGUAUGCAGAUGUCUCUGGUCUACACCACCCAAGUUUCCAUUUCAUCUGAUAUCACUGGGGAUGGUAACAUGGAUGGAUCACUGAAAGUUGGUGAUUUGACAGCCAGCACCAGUUUAACCCAGUCAUUUAACCUUCUGCCCAGUGACAGAGAGGCUAGAGCAGAGUCCUCAUUUAGGUUUAGCUCCCCUCUCCUCCAAAUCAGUAACAAAGUAAAAGCAUCUACCGCCAAUGGAGAGCUGGAAUUUGAGUCAAAUACUAACAUCAACAAUGACCCAGUCAAGCACACAACCAAGAUCAACAUUGAAUUUAAGGAAGCUCAGUUCACUAUCAAGUCCGACUCAGUUACCAAGGCAGAGGAGAGAAUGCUUCGCCAUCAAGUAGACCUUUCUGCCACUAUGGAGAAAGCCAGCAUUAGGAUUGAAUCCCAGGUUGAUGACAACACAAAUCGUGGCUACUCUUUGCUUGCUGGAUCUCUGAGCCCACAAGGACUGGAAAUCAACUCUGAUGCCUCUAUCAACUUUGAUGCUAACCGUGGUGCUCACAAGGGUACCCUGUCCCUGAACAAAGAUGGCCUGACCACCAGUUGUACUAGCACUGUGCAAGCCAGCAUUCUGACCUUUGAGAAUGUUUUCCAUGGCAGUGUUGCUACCUCUGGAGCCUCAAUGUCUGUCACUACUAAGGGCACAAUCCGGGAAAACAGUGCUGAGCUCAAAAUUGAUGGACGGGUUGCAAGCACAGAGGUAUACUUUAACAGCGUGCUCAAAGGUGACCUCUUCAACUCCAACACCAGGAACAGAGUAACUUUCAAGUUGAAUGAAGAUGGCUUGAACCUGUCUAACAAUCUAAUUGCCUCCCUUCAAGAGAUGAAGACAGAGAAUACCCACUCCCUGACCAUCACUUUUGAUUCUUUAGCUUUCCGCUCAGAGUCUGACAGCUUCAUCAGUGACAGAAACGCCUAUAAACACAAUGUUGCAAUUGAGAUUCAGGGAUUUACUGCAUCUGUGAAUGCAAACAAUGACCUAAAGAUCCUUGGGGUCAGUUUCAUCAAUGAUGCCCAAAUCAAAGCAGAGCCUCACAAGGUGGGACUUACAGGAGUCAUCAAAGGAGCCUAUGCUGAAGAGGAACUGAGGCACAGCUAUGAAGUCAUCUAUGCUGAUUUAGCACUCAAUGCAAAAUGCAGCACCUCUGGGAAAGUCCUUGGCACUCAGAUGACCCAGAGCUCUGAAAUGGAUUAUAAGUGGCUGGAGCUUAUGCUCAGCAACCAGGCCCGCCUCAACUCCCCAUCUCUCAGACUUGAAAGCACUGUCCAAACAAAAGUUGAGCCCUUCAGCUUUGAUAUAGAUGCCUCUUUUAAUUCUGAUGGUGAGCUGAACCUCUAUGGAAGACACAAUGGUCAGGUGAACAGCAAAUUCCUGUUUAACAGAAAAUUUCUUUCAUUCUCACUGAAGCAUGAAUGCAAGGCCUCAACGUCUCACCAGCUGGAUAACGGAAAUUCCCUCGAAACCAACUUCCAAAAUGAAAUUGCAAGUGCAUUUGAACCUAACGCACAAAGUCUCAGUAUCAAGACAGAAUCCAAGCUGAACAACCAUGCCUUCGAUCAGGCAUUUGAGUUCUCCAACUCUCAAGAGGGUAUAGCCAUGGGUAUGAAAGGAACUGUGCUCACCAGUCUUUUGAACAAAGAAAGUGAUGACAGUCAAGAAUUCGCCAUCUCAGGCAGUCUAAAGUAUGAGUAUAACAGUGACUUCUACAUCCUUGACUUGCCCAUCAUGGAGAAGCUGAGAGAACUCUCUGAAGAAAUCAAGGUGGCCUUGCUAAACAUGAAAGAUAAGUGCACUGAAUAUUUGCAAGAUAUUGAUGCUAGAUAUGAAAUUACAACAACACUCAAGGAUAAAGCAAGUGAGCUUAAAGAGGUCAUUAGAAGCUUUGAUGUGAAUUUGUUUAUUCAGGAUGUGAAAAAUUUUGUCAGCUCCAUUGAGGUUGAAAAAUAUUUGGGACAGCUGACCAAUGCGAUACCCACUGAAGAGAUCACCAGAGUUCUGAAAUCCAUCAGAGACAUGAUCAUUGACUGGAUCAAGAGAAAUGACAUCAUCAAUAAGUACAAUAUGAUCUACACCAAAGUAGAGGAAGUCAUGGCUCAGUAUGAGAUUGAAGAGAUGGUUGAGAAAAUCAUGGAUAAUGCUGUGGAACUUAUGAAGCAGUUUCAGAUCAAAGAAACUAUUCAAUCAGCAAUCAACGUGGUGAGAUCUAUUGAUAUCACACCUGUUCUAGAGAAACUGUUGGCACGCCUGAAUGAGCUUCUUGAACUGCUGAAAACCUUUGAAUUCACACAAAUGAUUGAUGAUCUGACAGACGUUUUCAGCACAAUGCUCCAAAGAAUCAGAUCGAUUGAUUUGGAAACCGCCACUGAUUCAGCAGUUGAAAUCAUCUUCCUACCCAUCACUAUACUGAAGAAUUGCCGUUUUCCUCUUUUUGGAAAACUCUAUGGAGAGUUUGAGAUCAAAUCUCCAGACCAUGCCCUGAAGACCAUUGCUGAGCUGAAGAACUCCACUGACAGCUCUGAGACGCCCCAGUUCACAGCCAUCCUCAACUCACAACUCAAAUCAACAUUUGAUCUUAUUGCCUAUGCAGUGGAUGCCACUGCUCACCUCAGUGUUCCCCAGAUAAGCCAGCUUUCCUUCACUGAAACAGUGAAGUUCAAUCACAUGGCUCUCUCACUUGACCAUCAGGGAUCACUAGGCCUUCACGGUGCAUCAGCCCAGGUCUCAUCUAAGACCACUGCCAAUGCAAACACUGACCCAUACAAAGCUGAACUUGUCAACAGUGCCUUUUUUACCUUAGAGAAUGGUUUCUCUGGCACUCUGGAGACCUCCUACAACCACAAUGUGAACAUGCCAGUGGCCAACAUCUUCAGUGAAACAAAGAUGAGCCAGAAAGCUAUUGCUCAGUUGCAAGCUGGCACUUUCACUCUGACCAUAGGAACUGAGGGCAAUGGCAAAUGUGCUAUCUCUGAAUAUUCUGAUGUAGGUACCCACAAGAGUGAUAUGGAGAUUGUCAUGAAUGUAGACACCCUCAAACUUACCUUCACUGGUGCAACUGAUAGCUCUCUUCUAAAAAUGAAACAGAGUGUGAAUGUGGAGGGCAGUGCUUUCUCCCACAUCUCCAUUGAUGCCAAUGCUGAGACAGAGACUCCCUACAUGAAGAAUGGUGUUGCAUCCGUAAGAGGACAGAUCCAGGUCCAGGAUCUGAAAAUUCAACUAAAUGCCGCCCACAAUGCUGAAUUGAUUGGUCCAGUUGAGGGAACCAUUUCCAACUCUUUGGACCUCAAGAUUGUACCCUUUGAAAUCAUCUUUGACACCAAAAACAAGGAGAACACAAAGCUUUCUCUUCCCUUCAAGUUGUCUGGAAAGGUUGAUCUUCAGAAUGACAUUGCCUUCACUCUAAACCCUACAGUGCAAAAAGCUAGCUGGACAGGUCUUGCUCGGUUCAAUCAAAACAAGUAUUCCCAUUACCUAACAAUGGACAAUGGUGAAAAGGAAAUUAACAUCAACAUUUUAGUCAAUGGUGAGGCUAAUCUUGAUGCGCUAAAUACAGCUUAUACUAUUCCUGAGAUGACUGUGCCCUUCUUUGAUGUAGUCAUUCCAUCCAUGGAGGAUAUAUCUUUGUGGGAGAACACAGGCCUGAGCAAAGUUUUGAUCACACCUCAGCAGACGUUUGACAUGAAUGCUAAACUCAGAUAUGUAAAGAGCACUGAAAUGUUUGUUGUUGACAUCAACAUGGAGCCCAUAUUCGAUGCCAUUAAUGAAAAUGUACAAAUUCUGCAUGAAAACCUCAUCCUUGGAAAAGACAAGGCUGUUGAAAUAAUCUCAGCCUCCUAUGACCAGGCUAUGACAGAAUAUGAGAAACUGAACACUGAGGUGCCCAAAACAAUCACUAUCCCUGGAUACAAACUUCCAGUCAUUAACAUUGAAGUUUCCUCCUUUACCAUCCCUCUGCCUGAUUUAAGCCUCAUUACCAUGCCUGGUCUGCGUGUGCCUGUAGUGCUUAAGCAGAUGACUUUUCCAAGAUUCACUCUCCCCAAAAUGCCAAGGGAGAUCAUGAUUCCUGUCAUGGGUGACUUAACAUCUGAGUUCUCUUUGAAGACAGCUAUUUUCACCAUCAACAGCAAUGCUGGCAUCCUCAAUCAUGAAGACAUUGUUGCCCGAUUUGAAGUUCGCACGUCCUCUGAGUUUGAUCUUCUAGUAUGCAAGAUUGUUGGCUCUUCCACCUUGCACAAGCAUUCUGAGGCAAAACUGACCAGCUCUCUUUCUCUGGAGCACAAAAAUAUUGAAGGCAACCAUGAAAGCACUGUUAGCCUCAAUGGGAUUUCUGCUGCUAACAUUGCCAAAGUUGACUUGGCAGCAGUGAAGUUGGAGGUCUACCAGGAACUUCUUGGAAAUGCUGAGGAAGGUCUUGUCAUCUCUGUCUCUUCCCCAUCGGCUGGACUCCUGGGUCUCCAGUUGCAAAGCGAGAGCCUAUCACAUCUUCGUGGAAGACUCUACAAUCGUUAUCCAUCUGAACCGAAGAAUGACGUGGAUAUCAUGAGUGUUGACAUUGCUUUGAUGGACAAUGAGAAACUUAACAUCAAGGCACAGUGGAACUUGGAAGCUCCCUCUGAGAUGCUUCUUGAGCUGAAAGAGAAGAUACCUGACAUUACCUCCACUUUAAACCUUAGGGAGCUGAUGAGCGAUGACUUUUAUGCACAAAUCAAGUGGGUUCAUGUAGAACUUCAGGACAUCAUUGAUCGCAUCAAGAUCCUGGGCGAGUCAAUGUACAGAAAAACUAUUGAGAAGAUUGCUGCAGUUGACAUUACAAAAAUUACCAACUUGACAUCUGACAGCAUCAUGUACAUUCUCAGAGAAUAUGAGAAGAACAUUCAGGCCCUGCUGGAUGCUGCAAUUAAAUUUUUGAGAGAAACUCAAUUCCAGAUUCCUGGUCAUCCUGAAAAGCUCACUGGGUUUGAGGUCUAUGAAAAGAUUAGUGCCUUUGUUGCUGAUGUAAUUGAAGAAGCAAUCACAAGGGUUCCAGAGAUGAUUGCCAGCAAAAGUGAGGGUUUCAUUGAGUAUAUUAGGGAUGUGGAGGUCACCAUUCCAGGCACCAACUUUCCAAUCAGAGGAACAGAAAUCUUGGAUGAUCUGUUCUCUGCCCUUCAGAAGAUUCAGACCCAACUGAUAACCAUUGUGAAGAACCUUGGGGAGAUCAGCCUUGAGUCCAUUGCUCAGAAGAUGUCUGAAAUCCUGAAAUUCAGCAUAGAGAAAGUAGAUGAACUCCUGGUCACUCUUGCAUCUCAAGACAUUGCUAAGUUAUCCACUUGGGUUAGUCAUGUCUACACUGAUGCCAUUAACUCUGACAUCCUGAAAGAGAUGGUAGACCAGGUUCAGGAAUUUAGGAAGAUUGUUGAGCAAUACUGGAAUAAUGACGUGAAACCUAAGCUUGACGAAAUUUUUGCUGACUUGACUCUUCAGCAGCUGAAUGCAGACAUCCAGUCCUGGAUUGAUUCAGUUGUCAAACGCAUUGAAGCCUUCAACAACCAGGUCACUGAGUUUCUAAAACAGAUGUCCAAGAGUAUUGAGUCUUACCUGAAAGUUGGAGAGAAUAAGAUGGAAAUAGAAAUCCCUCUUUCCUUCAAAUUUGAGUCCACUCAGUGAGUCAGUACCAUCUAAAUCUAUUCGUAAUGUGUGUGGAGAAUUACUUGUCAACAUCCUGCUAAAUUUGCAAAGAGUCAUCCUGCUAAACUUGCAAAAAAAAAAAAAGCAGAUUCAUUACCAAGACUAUCAGUAUAUAAACAAAGCUAUUAUUAAUCAUGUACAAAUGGGCAAAAGCUGCUUUAGUUUCCAUUCUUUUUGUUAGUGUCUUAUUAAAAAUGGUGUCCUUUAGAGCAGAGAGAUGAAUAUUUCUCUCUUUAUGUCUUACUGUAUUUAAAAACAAUGAAGGAGCAAUAAAGAACCUUGUACUGCA